AUGGCAGACUACGACGAAGAUUACGACUAUGAAAACUACGGCGAGGAUGACGAGGGCAUCACUCCCGAGGAUUGCUGGACCGUCAUCUCGUCCUUCUUCGAGACCAAGGGCCUAGUGUCUCAACAGACAGACUCGUUCGACGAGUUUACCCAGACCACCAUCCAAGACCUUGUCAACGAAUACUCUACCAUUACCCUCGACCAACCUAAUCCUCCGUCGGCGCCCGGCGUCAAGAUAGCUCUCCGCCGGUAUGAGAUCAAGUUCGGCACUGUCAUGGUGUCUCGCCCAACCAUCAGCGAAACAGAUGGCACCGUGACCUCGCUUCUCCCCUACGAAUGCCGCGACCGCAACUUGACCUACGCCAGUCCCUUGUACAUCAACAUCACAAAAAAGGUGUCGGCCGCAAUCGAGAAGGAGGUACCCUUGCAUGAGAUGGAUGAUGCUCAGCAGGCCGAAUACGCCAGGACGGGCGAGAAUCCCACCAAGCUCGUCUGGGAGCAGGAGGAGAGCCUGGAUGACGACGAAGCCGGCAAGUCGCAAGACUGGAAAAACAUGGUCUUUGUCGGAAAACUACCCAUCAUGGUCAAGUCCAAGAUUUGCCAUCUCAGCCGAGAGACCGAGGAAAGCUUGUUCACGGUGAACGAGUGCCCCUAUGACCAAGGAGGUUACUUUGUCAUCAACGGAAGUGAAAAGGUGCUCAUUGCCCAGGAGCGCUCCGCAGCGAACAUUGUCCAAGUCUUCAAGAAGGCUCAGCCCAGCCCCUACACGUACACGGCGGAAAUCAGAAGCGCCUUGGAAAAGGGUUCGCGACUCAUUUCGAGCUUGACGUUGAAGCUCUACGGCAAGGGCGAUUCCGCUCGUGGUGGCUUUGGCCAGACCAUUCACACGACCCUGCCCUUUGUCAAGUCCGACCUCCCCAUCGCCAUCGUUUUCCGUGCUCUGGGCGUCGUCUCUGACGAGGAUAUUCUCAACCACAUUUGCUAUGAUCGAAAGGACAGCCAAAUGCUCGAGAUGCUUCGACCCUGCAUCGAAGAAGCCUUCUGCGUCCAGGACAGAGAAGUUGCCCUCGACUUUAUCGGCAAGCGAGGUAACCGUGACCAGGCUGGCCUGGGACGCGAGAAGCGUGUCCGCGUGGCCAAGGAUAUCCUUCAGAAAGAGACGCUCCCCCACAUUUCCCAGACGGAAGGUAGCGAAACGAGAAAGGCCUUCUUCCUCGGCUACAUGGUGCACAAGCUUCUCCAGUGCGCUCUGGGUCGUCGGGAACCCGAUGAUCGCGAUCACUUUGGCAAGAAACGUUUGGAUCUGGCCGGUCCAUUGUUGGCCAAGCUCUUCCGUGGCAUUGUUCGCAGAAUGAACAAUGAGUUGUCAAACUAUCUCAGGCGGUGCGUCGAGGGGAACCGUCACUUCAACCUGGCGGUCGGGAUCAAGCCCGGCACCCUUUCCAACGGCUUGAAAUACUCGCUUGCGACUGGAAACUGGGGUGACCAGAAAAAGGCCAUGAGCUCGACUGCUGGUGUGUCCCAGGUGCUGAAUCGCUACACCUUUGCCUCUACACUCUCGCACCUGCGGCGUACCAACACCCCCAUUGGCAGAGACGGAAAGCUGGCCAAGCCGCGUCAGUUGCACAACACGCAUUGGGGUUUGGUGUGCCCUGCAGAAACACCCGAAGGUCAAGCUUGUGGCCUCGUCAAGAAUUUGUCCCUCAUGUGCUAUGUCAGUGUGGGAUCACCUUCUGAGCCGCUGAUAGAAUUCAUGAUCAACCGGGGCAUGGAAGUCGUCGAGGAGUAUGAACCGCUGAGAUACCCCCACGCGACCAAGAUUUUCGUCAACGGUGUCUGGGUUGGCGUGCAUCAGGAUCCCAAACACCUUGUCGGACAAGUCCUGGAUACCCGGCGAAAGUCCUAUCUACAGUACGAAGUAUCGCUGAUCCGAGAAAUCCGAGACCAGGAGUUCAAGAUCUUUUCAGACGCUGGACGCGUCAUGAGACCUGUCUUUACGGUGCAGCAGGAAGACGACCCUGAGACUGGCCUUGAAAAGGGCCAUCUGGUCCUUUCGAAGGAACUUGUCAACAAGCUUGCCAAGGAGCAAGCUGAGCCCCCCGAAGACCCGAGUGAAAAGCUCGGAUGGGAAGGUCUAAUCAGAGCCGGUGCCGUCGAAUACCUCGAUGCCGAGGAAGAGGAGACGUCCAUGAUUUGCAUGACGCCGGAGGACCUUGAGCUGUACCGUCUACAAAAGGCUGGAGUCGCCCUCGACGAUGACAUGGGCGAUGACCUGAACAGGCGUCUCAAGACCAAAACAAACCCAACCACGCACAUGUAUACCCACUGUGAAAUUCAUCCUAGCAUGAUUCUGGGCAUUUGCGCGAGCAUCAUCCCAUUCCCCGACCACAACCAGUCUCCUCGCAAUACUUACCAAUCUGCCAUGGGUAAGCAAGCGAUGGGUUUCUUCCUGACUAAUUACUCGCGGCGCAUGGACACCAUGGCGAAUAUCCUCUACUACCCACAGAAACCUUUGGCCACGACGCGAUCCAUGGAGUUUCUCAAAUUCCGCGAGCUUCCUGCGGGCCAAAACGCCAUUGUAGCCAUUGCUUGCUACUCUGGCUACAACCAGGAAGAUUCCGUCAUCAUGAACCAGAGCAGCAUCGACAGAGGCUUGUUUCGAAGCCUGUUCUUCCGUUCGUACUCUGAUCAAGAGAAGAAGGUCGGCCUGAACUACACCGAGAUAUUCGAGAAGCCGUUCCACCAGAGCACGUUGCGCAUGAAGCACGGCACGUACGACAAGCUCGACGACGACGGCAUAGUCGCCCCUGGGGUGCGUGUGUCGGGGGAAGACAUCAUCAUCGGCAAGACGGCGCCAAUCGACCAGGAGAACCAAGAUUUGGGAACACGAACGAGCGUCCACCAGAGGCGUGACAUUUCAACGCCGCUCCGAAGCACCGAAAACGGCAUCAUUGACUCCGUCAUUCUCACCGUCAACGCGGAUAACGUCAAGUACGUCAAGGUCCGGGUUCGGACAACCAAGAUCCCGCAGAUUGGCGACAAGUUUGCGUCUCGUCACGGACAAAAGGGCACGAUUGGUGUGACGUACCGGCAGGAGGACAUGCCCUUUACACGGGAAGGGGUCACGCCAGACAUCAUCAUCAACCCGCACGCCAUUCCGUCGCGAAUGACAAUUGCCCACUUGAUCGAGUGCCUGCUAAGCAAGGUGUCCACGCUGGAGGGCAUGGAGGGCGAUGCCACGCCCUUUACCGACGUGACAGUUGACUCGGUGUCGGAGCUGCUGCGGAAGCACGGCUACCAAUCCAGAGGGUUCGAGAUCAUGUACAACGGCCACACUGGCAAGAAGCUGAGAGCGCAGGUGUUCUUCGGACCCACGUACUAUCAGCGUCUCCGUCACAUGGUGGACGACAAGAUCCACGCGCGAGCUCGCGGUCCGGUGCAGAUCAUGACGCGACAACCGGUGGAAGGUCGUGCCCGAGAUGGUGGUCUCCGAUUCGGAGAAAUGGAGCGCGAUUGCAUGAUUGCCCACGGCGCAGCCGCUUUCUUGAAGGAGCGGUUGUUUGAAGUCUCUGAUGCGUUCCGAGUACACAUUUGCGAAAUCUGCGGCCUGAUGACACCAAUUGCAAACCUUUCGAAGCAGUCGUUUGAAUGCCGACCUUGCAAGAAUAAAACCAAAAUCGCCCAGAUCCACAUUCCCUAUGCUGCGAAACUGCUUUUCCAAGAACUGCAGUCUAUGAACAUUGCAGCAAGGAUGUUUACGAAUCGAUCUGGAGCCUCCAUCCGUUAA